CGCUGCAUGCGGUACCCCGCGGACCCCGGCCCGGGUGGCAUUGACGUCUGCGCAGGGCUGGGCCAUGAACGGACUGCCCUCGGCUGAGGCGCCGGGCGGCGCGGGCUGUGCUCUGGCCGGGCUCCCGCCGCUGCCGCGCGGCCUCAGCGGCCUCCUCAACGCGAGCGGCGGCUCGUGGCGGGAGCUGGAGCGCGUCUACAGCCAACGCAGUCGCAUCCAUGACGAGCUGAGCCGCGCCGCCCGGGUCCCGGACGGUCCUCGCCACGCUGCUGGCGCCGCCAACUCGGGCCCUGCCACUGGUCAGCGCCGUCCGGUCAACCUGGACUCGGCACUAGCUGCGCUGCGCAAGGAGAUGGUGGGGCUGCGGCAGCUGGAUAUGUCUCUCCUGUGCCAGCUGUGGGGCCUGUACGAGUCGAUCCAGGACUACAAGCAUCUGUGCCAAGACCUGAGCUUAUGCCAGGACCUGUCGUCGUCCUUGCACUCGGACAGCUCCUACCCACCUGAUGCCGGCCUCUCUGAUGAUGAAGAGCCUCCUGAUGCCAGCCUUCCCCCUGAUCCCCCACCCCUAACUGUGCCCCAGACGCACAAUGCCCGUGACCAGUGGCUGCAGGACGCCUUCCACAUCAGCCUUUGAAGUGCUGGGGUGGGUGGGAUUGCGCCAGAACAAAAGGCUCAAAACUUGCCCUUCAGCAAGUCCUCAGUCAAUAGUGCCUGCUCUUCUACCGGUACCACCUCACUUCACGAGGGCCAAGGCAUAUGCCUUUGAGGCAAAAUUGCCAAGCCCCCACCUGAUUAGCUACUGGGCACCUAGGUUGCAGCCUUUGCCUAUUGCACUGGGCCUUCACAUAUGUGCACCCCAGCUUGGCCAACCCUCAGCCUGGCUGUGGAGUCCAAAGCGUCUUGCACUCCCCUUGGCAUCUCUGGGAUUGGGACCUUUUUCAUCUUUUGCUGCCACUAGCAGCUCCUGGCUCAGGGGCAUCCUACCUGUUGUUAUGGGGUUUCACUGCCCUGGACAAGGUCUCCAAGACCCAUCCCUGAAACCACCCGUGGACAGGAAGGCUAAGGUUCCCUUGCUGGAUAUUUAAAUUUAGAGGACAAUUCCUGGGCGUGUAGAUAAUAAAUAUUCUUAGCGACUGCA